AUGGUUGCCAUCGAUCGCAUUGGACAUGUCUACCCAACAGUUCAUCUUCAAGAUAUGUUGACACUUGCACAAAAACCAGCACCAUUAGCAACACCGACACAUUAUGGUAGUUUACCAUUCAGUGAUCCAGUAGCUAGUGUUAUGAAUGGUAGUGUAACGUCAAAAAUUACACCUGAACAAUUUGGUCUUGCUAACAAUCCAUCAUUACAAUUUACAACACCAGGCGGUGGUUUUGUUCAAGUUUUUGGUCCAUUGAAUACACCUGGUAAUGAUAAAUUUUUUAAUGAUCCAAACCCAGUUGUUAUUCAAAAGAAAUCAAAACCAGUUACAUACGUACAAAAAAUUAAUUUAGCUUAUUAUAAACCACCUGCUCCACCAGCUCCAGGUCCAGUUAUUAUUAAGGAGGUACGUCCACCUCAAGCACCACCUCCACCUCCCCUUUUUGUUCGAAUUCAACCACCACCACCACCUGAACAAGCACCAUUAGUCAUUCGUGAAGCACCACCACCACGUCCAAGACAUAUUCCAACAACUCAUUUGACAAAAGUAUUACCUGCAAUUCCUGUUCCACCACCCCGUGUUCAAAUACGUAAUGCUCCUGAUCAAGCAACAGUUGAACAAACUUUGAAUAAUUUGGGUCUUACAGCAAGAUUACAAUAA